AUGGCAGUAGCUGAAUUUGUUAUUGCUGGUGGAGAGUAUAUGGGAGUAUGGGAGGAGAGACUCCAAAAAGCUGAAAUUGGAAAUCUUUUAGUAAGACGACAGUGCCCAUUGCGUUGCGUCGCAAUGUCCAAGUUAUUGGAAAUGUUGGAAGGGAGGUGUGGUUGCCAAGGAAAUGGUCUGAGGGUCAGCGGAGAGCGGAUAUUCAUGCUUAUUGCCUUUUCAUACAUGUUCGAGACACUUAAUGUUGGUUCUAGCUAUUCUAUCAUGGUAAACAAGGAUAGUCAUAGGUUCAUGUAUUAUUUCUUUGCCUUCGGUGCUUGCAUUAAGGGAUUUGCCCACAUGAGAAAGGUAAUUGCGGUUGAUGGCACUCAUUUACAUGAGAAUGAAGCAUCUUGGACAUUCUUCUUUGAGAAAUUGAAGGAGAUAGUGGUCGAUGAACCAAAUUUAUGUUUUAUCUCCGAUAGACACAAGAGCAUCGCCAACGACAUUGUGAGCGUUUACAAUCAUGCUCACCACGGAUAUUGUAUGAGGUACCUCGGUGAAAAUCUCCGCGUAAAUCAUCAUUGUGGAGAUUACCUUUAUCUUUACUACAAUGCGGCAAAGGCUUAUUCUUUGGAAGAGUUUGACAAUCAUUUUGUCGAAUUCAAGAACAAAUGUCCCGCGGCAGCCGUCGUCUUUGAGUAUGAUAUAGGUUUUGAGAAGUGGAGCAGGGCACAUUUUCAUGGCAAUAGAUAUGAUGUGAUGACCACAAAUAUCGCCGAGUCACUCAAUGCUAUAUUUAUAGAAGAAAGGUUUGGAGAAUUGUUCAGGGAGAGGCAUGCAUAUAUCCUUAAAUCAAUGGGUAAUCAAAUGGUGCCUUCUGCCGAAAAAAUUGCAAGAAAGAAAAUGAUCGAGGGAGACUCCUUAUAUGUGGAGAACGUAACAGGGGACGACAAUCAAUUUACCAUAUUCGGUGCAGGUGUUACUGCCUAUGUGGACCUAUUGGAAAAGUCAUGUUCUUGUAGGGAAUAUGACUUGAUCAAGAUACCUUGUGCUCACGCGAUGGCCGCUUUGCAAUCGAAGCAUGGCAACGAGUAUGGUAUGAGCAUUUAUGAGUACUCUUCGCCUUUGUAUAAAGUCGAAUCGUACCUCCUUGCAUACUUAAAUUCUAUUAAUGUUGUCCCUCUCGAGUCGAAAUGGUGUGUGCCAGAAGAAUUGCUUAAUGUGAAAAUUCUUCCGCCUCUUGUCGAUACCAAGCUUGGAAGAAAACGAAGAGAACAUGUCAAAGGUGUCGGUGAGAAUUUCAAAAGCAAGAGAAGGAACAAAUGUUCAAUUUGCAAGAGAACCGGACACAAGAGAACCACAUGUGUGAACAACAACAAAUAUUAA